ACAAAAUAUUCCUCGCUUUGUCAGUUCUGUAAUUCAUUAUGAGUACCGCAGCGGAAUUUGUAGAUGGUGGCAACUUUGUGGAAGCCAUUCAUUCUGUGCGAGAUGACAACACUGAUGAUAAGUAUGUCUUGGUCCAACAUGUUGAUGGAAAUCCCAAUAAAUUGACCGUUCUUCAGACAGGUCAAGACCCAGCCGAGUUAGUUGAAUGUUUAGAUGACAGUCAGGCUAUGUAUGCUCUAGCUAGAUAUGAGUCAACGUUUGAUAUGUCCAACACUAUCAAAUUUGUCUACUUCAGAUGGAUGGGAGAAAAAAUACCAUUUGGGAAGAAGGGUCGCUAUGGUGUUGUCCAUGGUAGCAUAGAAGAGAAAUUCCACCCUUUUCACUUAAUGGUAGAAACAAGCUCCCGAGAUGAUUUUGAUACAGACAAGAUUUUACAACAGUUAGAAGAGAACACAGGAAAGAAGUCAAAAGUUUUAGAAACAAAAACACCAGGAAUGCAAGAGAGAGGAUUCACAAAUAGUCAGCUCCCUCAAAAGAGAGCUCCUCAGUCCUCUGUGGCUGCCCCGGAGGUUUCAAAAAUAGGAGGAAGGAUAGAUAUUACAUCAGAUGUCAUGUGUGCAAUAGGAGAGGUACGAAAGGACGAUAAUGACACAAGAUGGAUGCUGGCAGAGUAUGAAACUGCAAAAGGACCAGUCACAUGUACAGGCAAGGGGUCAGGGGACAUCUCAGAACUUAAAGAGAUGCUUGAUGAUGCAAAAGUCAUGUAUGGCUUGUACCGAGUCACAGACACUGUUGACGAUAUAACCACAGUUAAAUUUGUACACAUCCAAUGGGUUGGUUGCAAUGUGAAGCCAAUGAUGAGGGCCAAAAUCUCUACCAACAAGGGCAUCAUGGAGGAAGCAUUCACUCCAUUUCAUGUCAAUAUAUUUGCCACCGAAUUAUCUGAUAUUUCUGAGAAAAUCAUCAUGGAUAAGGUGACGGCAGCCUCAGGAACCAUGUCACAUGUCAAAUAAACAGGAAGUAUAAUCUCAUGACAAACAGGAAGUUUAUCUCAUGACAAAGAAACUGGAUGAACAGAUUGGAGCUACACAAAUUUGAUGUGUUUCAUGUAUUUUAGCUUUGCAUUCCAUUUAGCAUUGGUUACUUACAAAAUACACUGACUGAACUUUAUUUUUUUUUUUAAUGAAGUUGUUUAGCUAUUAUUUUAAUUUUUUUUAUAGUUAGAGCAUCUGAAUUUCACUUGCUCAUAUGUGCAUUUUUUUUUUUGGAAGAUAACAAGAUGUUUUAAAAGUUAUUUUUAUAUCAAUAGUAAUGAAUCUGAGAGUUAUUUUUAUAAAGCUGGUUUAUGAUCAUGAGUUUUUUUUAUCAAGAGGAAUGUGUCUGAUUGAUAUUGUACAUGACUGCUUUGAAUUUUUGUACACUAUAUGUUUCUUCCUUAUAUAAAUCUACCUUAAUACAUAUGAUUUGUACAUGUAUGUACUGUUAUCAUUAUACCAGGAUAUUACAUUUUUUAUUUUCUUCAAUUUUUAUUAUGCCUUUUGCAUGACCAAUAUGUAAACAUUUUUUUACAGUGGAAAAAGAAGAUAUACCAGUAUGUACAUUAGUUUAUUAAGAUAAUAUAAUACACUGUAAUUUCAAAGUAUUUUAACUUUUCAUUGAGAGUUCUUUUUUGUUUUUUGUUUUCUAAAAAUGUUAAAUGAGAUCAGAAUGAAUUUUUAACAUUAUAUAUAAACCCUUUAAAUGUUUUUGGUAACUGUUGUUUUGAAAAUUAAUUAACAUAAUAAACUGGAUUUUGAAAGAGCAGGGUAGCAUUUCUAUGAGCUUGAAUAGCUAAUAUAAUCCUUAUACCCACUCAUUUAACAAUAAACAAUGAAUAUUUUAAAAUAUCAGUGCCAUGUCUGUUUACUAAUCAUCAUUUAAGAUUCAAAAGUCAUCUAGUCUACUAAAAGCUUUAAUUAUUGCAAAGUAAAUGUACAAUUAUGUAAAAUUAAGGCAUAAAAUCUGGGUAUAAUCAUUCUUGUAAUGAUUUUUUUUAUUAUAUACAAGUAUUCCUACACACUAUUUGAUUUUUUGGUCAUUUUUGUCAUUAUAAUGACAGUAUUCAGUAUCUCAACUGAUAAAGUGUACCUUUCAUCAAUAAGUGUAAGGCCAAUUUAACUUUGUUAACUGUUAAUUGGUACCAUACACUCUAAUAUGCAGACUUUACCCAUGUUUAUAUAUAUAUUGAUAUGAACAAAAUGUUAGGUUUUUCUGAUAUUAGCUUCAUUUUUAGGAUGGUAUUAUUCAAUAUGUCAAACACUAAAAAAUAAAUAUCAAUACUUUGCAUUG